CGCGCCGCCGUUUGACGGGCUCAAUAAACCCAGUCAGCGUUUGUUUUGUCCCCUGCGUCACAGUUCCCGUGUAUAUAACUGUUCUACAAAUGGGGGCGUGAACAGUUACUGUACCAUUCUCCGCAGUUUCGCAGCUCGUGGCUGAAAUCAAAGUCUGAAAGGAUGGAUACGGUAGUGGAUGGAGUGAGAGAAGCAUUCCAGUCAGGCAGAUCCAGAUCUCUGCAGUACCGAAAACAGCAGCUGAGAGCCCUACACAAACUCAUCACUGAACGCCAAGCAGACAUCGCAGAAGCUCUUAAACAAGACAUUAACAGGAGUACGUUUGACACUACACUAUUUGAGUUUAUCGGCCUUGAGAAUGACAUCAAGUUGGCGGAGAGUCAUCUGGAUGAUUGGGCGGCCCCUCAGCCUGCGAGGAAGAACCUCGGCAAUGCACUUGAUGAUGUUUACGUAAAGCCUGAACCUUUUGGUGUCGUGCUGAUCAUCGGUGCCUGGAAUUAUCCUUGGGCUCUGACCCUACAACCUCUCGUUGGAGCUAUUGCAGCUGGCAAUGCAGCCGUAGUGAAACCAUCAGAGCUGAGUGAGCACUCUGCUAAACUUAUGAGUGAGCUACUUCCUCAAUAUCUUGAUAAGGAGAUGUAUCGAGUUGUGACAGGAGGUGCUCCAGAGACCCAAGAGCUGCUGAAGCAGCGUUUCGACCACAUCUUUUAUACUGGGAACAGCACAGUGGGGAAACUGGUUAUGGAGGCAGCUUCUCGUCACCUCACACCAGUGAUUUUAGAAUUGGGUGGGAAAAGCCCCUGUUAUAUCGAUAAGAACUGUGACAUUGCUGUGGCAUGCAGACGAAUAACUUGGGGGAAGUUCAUGAAUAGCGGCCAGAGCUGCAUUGCACCUGACUACAUCCUGUGUGAGCCAAGCAUGCAAGACAGGAUCAUUGAAGAGAUUCGAAACACACUGCGGGAGUUCUACCAAGAGGAUGCGAAAAAUUCUCCAGAUUAUUGUCGUAUCAUUAACACACAUCACUUUGAUAGAGUGAUGGCUUUGAUGGAGGGCUGUACAAUUGCUUUCGGAGGAGAGAACGAUAGGUCACAGUGUUACAUUGCUCCUACAGUUCUGCGUGAUGUUUUGCCCCAUUACAGAAUCAUGCAAGAAGAAAUCUUUGGACCUGUGCUGCCAAUAAUUACUGUUAAUGAUUUAAGUGAGGCUAUAAAUAUUAUCAACAAAAAGGAAAAGCCUUUGGCACUCUAUGUGUUCUCCUCUGAUAAAAAGGUGAUUAAGCGAAUGUUGACAGAAACCUCAAGCGGAGGAGUGGCUGUUAAUGAUGUCAUGAUCCACUACACUGUCAAUUCCUUACCUUUUGGAGGUGUAGGAAACAGCGGAAUGGGGAGAUAUCAUGGAAGACACACGUUCGACCAGCUGAGUCACCAUCGUGCAUGUGUUAUUAAAUCUUUUGCUUUGGAGGGUGUUAAUGACGCCCGCUAUCCCCCACUAACAGCAGCCCGAUUGGGCAGAGCUAAACUUGCCCUGCAGAAUCGCUUGUGCAGUUGUAGUGCCAUGUGCGUUUGGGCAGUAAUCUCCACCAUGGUGGCCAUCGGUCUGCUCGUUGCCUUAGUGGUUGUACUGCUACAGGAGACUCCGAUGUAAAGCACCACCAGAUGCCUCUGCCUAAAUGACUACUGUUCGUCAAGUGUGUGAUUGUAUUAAUAAAUCAUUAGGAUACAGUGACUAUAUAGUAGAAUAUGCAUGUACAAUAUAUGUGAGUUGAUUCGCACUCUGUUUCCAGUACACUGUAAACACACAAUAUGUUGUUUUUUUUUUUUUUUGCAUUUAAGA